AUGAAUUCCCCAAUAAAUAUUCCAGCACAGUUAAUGAAUUCGACAAUAAGUACGCCAGCACCCGUUGUAGACUUUAGCCUUGCUCGAGCUCAUGGGGCUUGUAUGGUUGUGUCUUGGAUUUUUUUCGGUUCAAAUGGAAUUCUCAUGGCUCGACAUUUUCGAAAGAUUCGUGUAGGAGGCAGGGAGCAGCUCUGUGGUGAAGCCAUCUGGUUUCAAAUUCAUCGGUCAUUUAUGAACUUAGCAGCUUUUCUUACUUUGUUAGCUUUUCUAUUUAUUUAUACGUUUGCCCAUGGAACAUGGGUCAGCAAACAACUUUACGGACAACGCGCAUUUACUCAUUCAAUUAUGGGAAUAAUAAUCGUUGUAUUUUCGCAAAUACAGCCAUGGAUGGCUCUAUUUCGAUGUCACCCAGGAACAAGAUAUCGUACUGUAUUUAAUUUUAUGCAUCGUUUUACCGGUAUCUCGGCUCUGAUACUUUCAGUUCCAACCAUCUUCUUAGGCAUCUAUUUUUUAACAUACCAUCAAAAGGCUCUUAUUGCUUUGCUUUCCCUUUGGACUGUAUGGAUCAUCGCCAUUUUUGGUACUUUUGAAUAUAUAUAUUGGCGUUACAAAUCUCCGCCACCAAACAACAAUGUACAUAAUGCCGAUGGUGGCGUUCCAAUGACAGACAUAAGUGGAAAUGGAGACGAUCCUCUGACUGCACCCAAUGUUAGCCCAAUUGUCCCAGGUGAAAAUUCACCAAUGAAUAAUAAAAAAUUGGCCUUAUAUCUCGUCCAUUUUUCAGUUUCACUUGGUUUUGCCAUUGCAAUAGUUGUACUUAUAUGUAAACCUUAG